UUUCGGUAAAUUGUGUAUCUAUAAUCCAUUUUUCGAGUGUUUUUGAUAAGAUCUUAGUAUAAAAAUCACAUUCCUUGGAGUAAACUUAAGACUAUUAUUGAAAUCGUAUAAUAGUCAUUGGCAAAAUGAAUGCGGUUUUGUUCAUCGCGUUUGGUUUACUUUCAGGGGCUCUAGGUGCAAGUCUACCUGCCAAGCAACAAACCCAGAUUACAAACAAAAAAUUCCCAUCUUCUUUCUUAUGGGGUACAGCCACCGCUUCCGCUCAAAUCGAAGGAGCGUGGAAUGAAGAUGGAAAGGGCGAAAGUAUUUGGGACCAUUGGCUACACGAAGACCCAAGUAGAAGUGAUGAUCAUAAAAACGCUGAUGUUGCAUGUGAUUCUUACCACAAAUGGAGGGAGGACAUUCAACUCCUCAAGGAGCUCGGUGUCAAGUUGUACAGAUUUUCUAUUGCUUGGCCAAGAAUUCUUCCCACAGGAUACCUGGAUAGCUACAAUCAAGCAGGUGUCGAUUAUUAUGUAAAUUUUGUAAAAGAGCUUCUGGCAAAUGACAUUACACCAUUAGUAACUCUAUAUCAUUGGGAUCUACCUCAAACCCUCCAGGAACAAGGUGGUUGGCUAAAUGAUUCCACUGCUGAUAGAUUCGGUGAAUACGCCAGAAUAGUGUUUCAGAAUUUGGGGCCUUAUGUUAAACUUUGGACUACUGUUAAUGAACCUCAUACAACUUGCACUGAAGGAUAUGGUAAUGGAGAAAUGGCACCUGGAAUUAAAAUGAUUGGCGAUGGGAUCUACCAAUGUGCCAGAACUCAAAUCUUAGCUCACGCCAUUGGUUACCAUAUUUACCAUGACGAAUUUGCUGCCACUCAAGGAGGAAAAGUAAGCUUAGUUCUUGAUGCUACUUAUAACAUGCCUGCCACUGACUCCGAAGAUGAUAAAACAGCCACUGAGUGGGAAUACGAAUUUAAUCUUGGAUGGUUUGCACACCCGAUUUAUAUCGGUAAUUGGCCACAAAUUAUGAUUGACAGAGUGGCCAAACGUAGCGCAAUGGAAGGAUUAUCAGGCUCCAGACUACCAGCUUGGUCUGAUGACGAGAUCGAGUUUGUUAAAGGCACUUUUGACUUCUUUGGACUCAACCAUUAUACCUCUACCAUAGUAUCUGCCAUAGAUGAGCCAGCAGCCGGUGAGCCAAAUUUCUAUCUGGAUACUGGAGUUUCUACUACACAUGGUGAUGAUUGGGUUAAUUCUACUGCUAGCUGGCUUUGGUCUUACCCAUAUGGUAUGAGAGGGCUUUUGAACUAUGUCUGGAAAAAUUACAACCCUGGCGAAAUAUAUGUGACUGAAAACGGUUGGUCUAGUGACCCUACUUUAAAUGAUCAAACAAGAAUUGAUUAUCUACAGGGUUAUCUAAGUAAUAUGCUCGAUGCCAUCCUAGAAGAUGGAGUUAAUGUAGCUGGAUACACCACCUGGAGUUUUAUGGAUAAUUUCGAAUGGGCCAAAGGAUAUACUCAAAGGUAUGGUAUCAUAAAUGUUGACUUCGAUAGCGACAAUCGUACCAGAACAUUUAAGGAUUCAGCUAAAUGGUACCAACGGACUGUCAGUACGUAUUGCUUGGUCGAACAAUGCGAAGAAUAAUUUGUAAAAAGUGUUUUGCCUUAUUUGUUGAAUAAAAUGAUUUCUCAGA